UUGUGACCGUAAGACACAUAAGAGCCCAGGACGAUCUACUAGAGUAUAUCUAAACGGCCCAGUGGCCGUAUUUAGUUGACAAUACCCGUCAUAUAUUUAUUUCCUUCAUGAAACCUUUGGCAAUUCGAGUCCUUAUUUUUACUUACCAAUCAACCUUCCGUUCCAACAUGACCCCUUUUACUGUAGGUGAUUACCUGGCCGAACGGCUCGCCCAGAUUGGAAUCCGACGGCAUUUCGUCGUUCCAGGGGAUUACAAUCUCGUCCUCCUCGACAAACUCGAGGCUCACCUAGCGCUUGAAGAGAUCGGCUGUACAAACGAACUCAACUGCUCCCUUGCCGCCGAAGGUUACGCCCGUGCCCAUGGCAUCGGCGCUUGUGUCGUCACCUACAGCGUCGGCGCCUUUUCGGCGUUCAAUGGCAUCGGUAGCGCAUUUGCAGAGAACCUCCCAGUUAUCUUGAUUAGUGGAGCGCCAAACACGAAUGAUAUUGGCCAGCACCCACUACACCACACGCUCGGGGAGCGCGACUUUACCUACCAGUUUGAGAUGGCCAGCAAGAUUACCUGCUGCGCCGUGGCCGUCCGUAGAGCCGGGCACGCCCCGGAGCUGAUCGACCGUGCUCUCCGAACGGCAGCUCUUGAGCGAAAGCCGGCAUAUAUUGAAAUCCCGAUGAAUCUUGCUGGCGAGGCGUGUGCCCAUCCUGGACCCAUCGGCGCCGUUCUUGAGCCGAUUCCGAGCAAUGGGGCUUCUCUGGAGGCAGCAGUGCGUUUGACUGCAGAGUAUCUCAGCACCAGGCAGAAACCCGUCAUUCUUGUUGGCCCAAAGGUGCGGAGGGCUGGAGCGGAGAAGGAGUUGUUGCAACUGGCGGAAACAUUGGGCUGUGCCGUUGUCGUUCAACCUGCAGCGAAGGGCUUUUUCCCAGAGGACCAUCCCCAAUUCGCCGGAAUAUUCUGGGGCCAGGUCAGCACGCUGGCUGCGGACGCCAUCGUUAACUGGGCCGACGUACUCUUAUGUGUCGGCACCGUAUUCUCGGACUAUAGCACAGUCGGUUGGACGGCAUUACCCGGCGUGCCGCAGCUGGUUGUUGACGCCGACAGCGUCACUUUACCUGAACCGAAUACCCAUUUUGGCCGUGUCCAGCUGUGGGAUUUCCUGGCUGGAGUAGCCGAUUUAGCCAGUUGGAACGACAGCACGAUGGUGGAGUACAACCGGCUGCGGCCCGACCCUCCCCUGGAGCAUGCCUCUGACGGGCGAGACCGGUUGACCAGAAAGGAGGUAGCUCGACAGAUACAAAUGCUCCUAACGCCUGAGACGACGGUGUUUGCUGACACGGGAGACUCCUGGUUCAACGGAAUCCAGCUGCGGUUGCCGCGCGGCGCCGAGUUUGAGAUCGAAAUGCAAUGGGGCCAUAUUGGAUGGACGCUCCCCGCUUCGUUUGGCUACAAGCUUGCGAAACCGGAGAGGAGGAUCAUCGUGAUGGUGGGGGACGGCGCAUUCCAAAUGACUGCCCAAGAUAUCUCGCAGAUGGUGCGGUGGCGCACCCCGGUUAUUGUGCUUUUGAUGAAUAACAGAGGCUACACGAUCGAGGUUGAGAUCCACGAUGGGCAGUACAACCGAAUCCAUGACUGGAACUAUGCACUACUAGUUGAAGCUUUCAAUUCUAAAGAAGGCGGAGGACAUGCUCUCGGUCUCGAGGCCCAUGACGCUGGGCAGUUUGCGGAGACGCUCAAGAGAGCCAUGGCGCACAGAAACGGGCCCACGCUUAUCGAGUGUAAGGUUCAUCGGGACGACUGCAGCAAAGAGCUGAUCACCUGGGGUCAUUUUGUUGCGGCGGCAAACGCUCGCCCUCCGACUUCUUAAGCAAAAGGACUACGCAGACUCUUUUCGGGUAGGUUUAGUAUCGACGCCGAAGUGAAUGCUUUGGGAUAGAAUGAAAUGAGCAGAUCUAAGUCAAAGGGGGUCUGAUAUCAGAUGCGGUAACGUGAUAC